AUGCCCCACCUAUCAUCCACCGCGUCGGAUCCCCUCUCCCAAUUCCACCAGUUCAAUUGGUCUCCCAGCCUUUUCCCAGAAAACGAUGAUACUCCGCCUCCUACAAAAACCGUCGGUUCCUCAGCCCUCCAAUCUCUAUCAUACGCCGACAAUGAGCCCGUUGCUCUGUCUCCCAUUGGAUCGCAGUGUUAUUCGAAUCAAUCCAGUCUAUCGAACAAUUCGUCUAACGACUCUUCAGGACAAGUUGCCGGACCCAAUCCUCCCUUGCCACGCUCUCCCACUACGCUCUGGAUGGGAGAUCUUGAAUCCUGGAUGGACGAAGAUUAUGUCCGACAAUGUCUAGUCAUGAUGGGCUGGCACUUGCCACAUUUCGUCCCCACUUCUUCCGCCGGUUCGAAGGCUGAUAUUGGCCCCAAUGGCGUCAAUGUCAAAAUCAAAAUGAUCAGUGGAGCUAGUCCGAGUUCAGCUUACUGCUUUCUUACCUACCCGACCGCAGAGAUGGCACAGCAUGCCUGGCGAAUGAUAAGCAACCUUCCACCAACGCUCAUGCCUGGAUGCGAAAGGACUUUUAAGCUCAACUGGGCAACUGGGUUGCCGGGAGUCCAGCCCACCUGGGAUCGCGAAUUCUCAGUUUUCAUCCGCGAUCUUGAUCGUGAGGUAACUGAAGGAGAAUUAGUGGCGCUUUUCACCUGCAGCUUCCCAUCAACCAAGUCUGCGAAAAUCAUGGGUGACCUCUCCACCGGACUUUCCCGUGGAUAUGCUUUCAUCCGGUUUGGCGAGGAAAGUGACAUGCAUCGCGCCCUUGCGCUCGGUCGCUCGAAAAAUGGUACUGGUCUCUUCCUGCGAGGUCGCUGCAUUAAGAUCACCGAGGCCAGCGGCUCCAGUGGUACCGCCGGGGAUCACUCCCAGCACCGCACCUCUAUAUCUGCCUCCAAUCACACGGCGAGCCAGAGAGCACGGCCUGAACAGCCCUCCGGUGCUUCUAUCGCGAAUCAUCUAGACAAAUCGACCGAGACACGAAAUAAGGCUCAAAGUGUGUUCAACUCGCGCAUGGCGGCAAACUCGAUGAUCAGCGACUCCUCAUCAGCCUUCAGAAUUAAUCGCGAUAGUCUGACUCAGGGCGUUGGUGGUCUGGCGUCUUCUCUUUCCGGCCUGCGUCUAUCAUCCAGCUAUCCUCCGCUCUCGAAUAAUACCAACCAAGCACGUCUUCAGAUCAACCCCUUCGCACCCGAUCACUCCAAUACGAAUCUGCGAUUCAACCAAGAUGGGAUGUCACAGACCCCCAAUCGGCUAUCGUCGUCUAUGUCUGCAUUGCGCGUUUCGCCCAGUUACCCGCCGCUCUCUACUGCAUCCAAUGGUCCCCAGACCCAUUCACUACCGCUAACAGCCCCGUCUUUCCCGCGCACUAUAUCUGCAUGCGCACCUCUCAUUGACCGAAAUCAAUCGGUACCAGGGUCUGUCUUACCCAAUCACUACCCUACUUCAAUGUCGCGCUCGGUCUGUUCAUUAGCCCCUCAAGGAUUACUCUCUACCUGCCAAUCUCAAUACACUACUGCCCCUGGUGUUGCUCCUCUCCCGGUUCACCCAAUGUUGAAUUCAUCUGCACUACCGGGGGCAAGGGCUGCUGCUCCUCAGCCCAGCCACAUCAUCCCCAACACCCACUCCCCCGCGCUUUUUCCAGCGCUCAGCUCUUCCCUCACCCAUCCCAACUCGUUACCUAGCAGCUACAUGCCCUCCACUGGUUUAUUCCCUUCCCCGACUGGGGCCAAUCCAGCAAAUCUGACUCACCAAUUGCAUUCUUCUUAUGAAUCGUGCCUCCCAACGCUAGAUCCGACUGCGUCUCCCAAUUCCAUAACCUCCCAUCUUGCAGCCCUCUCUCAGAUCGCCUCCGUCGCGCAUGAUGCAAGUAACGAUCCAUCUAAUACCACUGUCUUUGUCGGUGGUCUUCCUGCCUGCAUCAGCGAAGGGACAUUGAAAACAUUCUUUCAAAACUUCGGCGAAAUCACCUACGUUAAGAUCCCGCCCAACAAAGGGUGCGGGUUUGUUCAGUACGUCAGACGUGAAGAUGCACAACAGGCCAUGCUCAAAAUGCACGAUUUCCCUAUUCACGGAAAGUCGCGAAUCCGGCUCAGCUGGGGGCGAUCUCUGGGAGAUAAGCAGGUCGAGUAUGUCAAGAAAUUGUCAACUGCUCUGGGCAUCUCUUUCGAAUCCGUUUGGAAAAUCGUUCAGGGCCAAGAUCCUUCAAUGAUUAAACAAAUCGCAUCCACGCUUGGUGCAACGACUGGAACUCCUACACCCGUUACUACGUCCGUGCGACCGAGCUUACCGGCCAGGAGAGAAUCGGACCAACCACACACAACCCAUUCAUUUGCCAGUUUGAUGCCCGGUAUCCCUACUCAUUCGAGUUACACACAAGGUUUUUCUAGCGGUCAAUCUACCCCGACGUCGCAUGGCCCCAUAUCUUCCCCUUUACCAUCAUCCGGGCUCGCGAACUCUUGGCGAGGGCGCCAACCAGACUUAAUAACCAACAGGUCUCUCAACUCGAGCGGUAACGUCGAUUUUCCAUCCACCCUACCGAGUCGUCGGGCUACAAUUCAGCCCGUCACAUCUGCCUACUUGUCAUUCGAAAAUAUCCCCGUCGGUCAAGCUAACGCCUUGAGACCUUUCGACAAUCGUUGGGGCUUUCCCAUCUAA